UUUCGGGGUUUACACGAUUUUGGUUCUGUUUUGUAAAUUAAAUGUAAGAGUCCGCGCUCUUUCAUGCACAGUUGAGCGUAUACUCUUGCUUUAACGAUAUAUUCAAACAGACAUCAUGAAUACUGAACAACGGCAGAUAACGGUCGUUCAGUCCGCGGCGUUGCCACCGCCACCGCCGUUUCUCGCAGUUCCGGGACCGCCACCACAGGCCUGGCCUGCAUGGAAAGAGACAUUCAUGUCAUUCCUAGGUGCGGCGGGCCUCGAAGGUGUUGACCCGAAGAGAAAAAAACAGAUUCUUUUUUCGUUGUUGGGCAUUGAAGGGCAACGAAUAGUGUCCGCAUUUGGAUUCACUAACCUUCCACACUCGGAACUUCUUGACGAGUUCAAGACCUUUUUAGCGGCCGUGGAGAGCCAUUUUGUUUUUUCUGGGUCUCUAGCACUCGAGCGUAAGAAGCUCCGUCUUCGCGUUCAGCAGCCGGGAGAGAGUGUCACGGAAUUCUUAGCGGCGUUACGCCAUCAGCACGCGCUUUGCGCGUUUGAAGACGGGUCCGAGAACACGCGACUUUGUGAUCUUUUUCUUGAUGGUUUGAUCUCGCGCCGUGUUCAGGAUCGCAUUCUUAGAGACUGCGUAGGUCGCCAGGUACCGACGCUUGAGCGCGCGAUACAGCUCGCGCUGCAGUUUGAGCAGUUGGCACGUACAGCAGAGCAGUACCAUCAGCCACGUCAGGGGGAGCCCGUCGCCAGCUGUUCCACUGCACCCGUGCAGUAUGUUGCUGGGCCCGAGACCGAACGAGUACAAUGGUACCAGUUGCACCACUCCACUCUGCCAUGGAUUCAGGGCCUGGUGAACCACGCGGACAAUCUCAAGCUGGUCAUCAAGCAUCGCCUGCUGUUCCAAGGCAUUCUACGCGGCAACGGCGACUUCCAGGAAGACUGA